AUGGUCAAUGUCAAGGAGUCAGCUCCAGAGAGCGAGGAGCAAAAGUUCAAGCAAAAGUGCAGCGAGCUAAAGAAAAGAAUUCUUGAGAUAGAGGAAAGCAAUGAAAUAUCAACAAUUGCAUUAUCAAGAACCAGGUUGUCUAUUCGUAGAUUGAGACUAGAAUACGCUGUACUAUUGGAAAGAUUAGAGGAGCAAAUAAUGAACACUUCAAGUGCAAAUGAAAUGAUGUCUCAACCACCCAAUCCAACUCUUUUGGACGACUCAAUCAGUAUCAAAGUAAAGAGCGGAUUACCAAAAACAAAGAAAGGAAAGCUUUUGAACAGUGGAAAUGCUAGUGCAAAAAAGGCGAUUAGAGACCCCGAUUUACCCAAGAGACCUACGAACGCAUACUUAAUGUUUUGUGACAGAGAAAAGGACAAAAUAAGAAAUGAGUUAACCACAAACAACGCCGGAAAGAGUACUGGGGACCUCUCUAAGAUUUUGACAGACACAUGGAAGGGUUUGGAUGAAGAAGAGAAGAAGCCUUAUCAGUUGUUAUACGAGGAAGAUCGUGAGCGCUACAAAAGGGAGAUGGAAGAAUAUAAUAAAAGAAAACAAGAUCAAUAUUUGAUAUCGGCAUCCGGAGGCCAAAAGCCAAAUUCCGAAGAGGAACUCGAGUUUAAGCGCACUUCUGAUUCGCAUGAAAAUAGUGAUAUCAAACGACAAAGAGUUGAUGCUUCAUUUGAACCCAAUUUGGAAGCUGGAGAAGAUGACACAGUCCAAGACAUUCAUGGGAAAGGAGUUUAA